AACACGUCACCGUUUCCGCGAAAAAAAUCAACCCACAGAUCAAUUCACCAUCAGUGAACGGAGAGAGAUUUCGCCAUCAAUCUGUAUUCAAAGAAAAACUCCGGCGAAGAUGCUGCCACCGGAGCUGCAGCCGCGGCUAUUCCGGCCGCACAUAUCCUCCACCUCCUCCUCAAGUGAACAAGCCUCGUCUUCUCCCAACUACUCUCCCCACAUGAGCCCCGCCUCAACCCGAAGCUUCAUCGAUCGUCGAACUAGCGGUGCUACUUCGAGAUCCAGCAAUUCUCGCUUCUCUCCUUCCUCCUUCGCCUACAACGGACGCAUCGCUCUCGCUCUCGUCCCCUGCGCCGCCUUCCUCCUCGACCUCGGCGGCGCUCCGGUGAUCGCCACCCUCACCGUCGGCCUCCUCAUCUCCUACAUCGUCGAUUCCCUCGACGUCAAGUUCGGAGCCUUCCUCGGGAUAUGGAUGUCGCUCAUCACGGCCCAGAUCGCCUUCUUCUUCUCCUCCUCCCUCCUCUCCUCCUUCAAUUCCCUCCCCCUCGGCCUCCUCGCGGCGUUUCUCUGCGCUGAGACCACGUUCCUCAUCGGAUGCUGGACGUCGCUCCAGUUCAAGUGGCUCCAGCUCGAGAAUCCUUCGAUCGUCGUCGCUCUCGAGCGUCUCUUGUUCGCCUGCGCUCCUUUCACCGCCUCUUCGCUUUUCGCCUGGGCUACGAUCUCCGCCGUCGGGAUGAGCAGCUCGUCUUACUACUUCCUCGUGUUCGCUUGCGUGUUCUACUGGCUUUUCGCGAUUCCUAGGGUUUCGUCGUUCAAGACCAAGCAGGAGGCUAAGUACCUCGGAGGAGAGAUCCCUGAGGAUAACUACAUCCUUGGAUCUCUCGAGAGCUCUUUCCUUUCGCUGAAUUUGAUGUUCAUGCCGCUUCUCUUCCACGUGGCGUCGCAUUACUCUGUGAUGUUCUCGUCAGCUGCUUCGGUCUCCGAUCUGCUGCUCCUGUUCUUCGUCCCUUUCCUGUUUCAGCUCUACGCCUCGACGAGAGGUGGUCUUUGGUGGGUUACCAAGGACUCCCGUCAGCUGCAGAGCAUUCGGAUUGUGAAUGGGGCUGUUGCUUUGGUUGUGAUUGUGAUUUGUUUGGAGAUUAGAGUUGUUUUUCGCUCCUUUGGGAAGUAUAUCCAAGUUCCCCCUCCGUUGAACUACCUUCUGGUGACGACGACGAUGCUUGGAGGUGCUGCUGGCGCUGGUGCUUCGGUUCUUGGAAUGAUCUCGAGUGGUCUUAGCUCUGCCUUUUUCACAGCUUUAGCUGUGAUUGUGAGUUCUGCUGGAGCUAUUGUUGUAGGAUUUCCACUUCUGUUUACUCCUCUUCCUGCAGUCGCUGGGCUUUAUUUUGCUCGUUUUUUCACAAAGAAAAGUGUGCCCUCUUACUUUGCAUUUGUUGCGCUUGGAAGCUUAAUGGUUAUAUGGUUCGUAAUGCACAACUACUGGGAUUUAAACAUAUGGCUAGCCGGCAUGUUCCUCAAAUCAUUCUGUAAGCUUAUAGUGGCCAACAUUAUCAUAGCCAUGGUCAUCCCUGGUCUUGUUCUUCUCCCAUCAAAAUUUCACUUCCUGGCCGAAGCUGGUAUGGUGGCCCACGCAUUAUUGCUGUGCUACAUUGAGGACCGCUUUUUUAAUUACUCAACCAUAUACCAUUAUGGAAUGGAAGACGAUGUGAUGUACCCUAGUUACAUGGUUAUCUCGACGACGCUAAUUGGAUUGGCUGUGGUGAGGAGACUGUUUGCUGAUCACCGAAUUGGAUCAAAGGCGGUCUGGAUCUUGACUUGUCUGUAUUCAUCAAAGUUGGCUAUGCUGUUCCUUUCAUCAAAAUCAGUUGUAUGGGUGUCUGCAGCUCUACUGCUGGCUGUUUCCCCUCCCUUGCUGCUAUACAAGGAGAAGUCGAAAUCUGCCUCUAAAAUGAAACCAUGGCAAGGUUAUGCUCAUGCCUUAGUGGUUGCUAUCUCUGUUUGGUUUUGCCGAGAAACGAUAUUUGAUGCUCUACAGUGGUGGAAUGGAAGACCACCGUCUGAUGGCUUGCUUCUUGGUUUCUGCAUCGUUUUAAUUGGUCUGGCCUGUAUACCAAUUGUUGCACUCCACUUUUCGCAUGUCCUGUCCGCUAAGAGAAGCCUGGUAUUGGUAGUGGCAACUGGAUGCAUGUUUAUUCUGAUGCAGCCACCGAUGCCUAUGACCUGGAGUUACCAUUCAGAAAUGAUCAAGGCCGCUCGUCAGUCAGCUGAUGACAUCUCUAUCUACGGAUUCAUGGCAUCCAAACCGACUUGGCCAUCUUGGUUGUUGAUUGUGGCACUCCUGUUGAUUCUCGCUGCUGCCACAUCUCUAAUCCCAAUCAAAUACGUGGUAGAACUGAGAGCAUUUUACUCCGUUGCCAUGGGUCUAGCUCUCGGUGUUUACAUAUCUGCAGAGUUCUUUCUACAAGCUGCUGUUCUACACGCUCUGAUUGUUGUAACAAUGGUGUGUGCCUCGGUUUUUGUCAUCUUCACCCAUUUUCCAUCUGCCUCAAGCACAAAGCUGCUUCCCUGGGUGUUUGCUCUUCUCGUGGCUCUAUUUCCAGUGACAUAUCUGUUAGAAGGUCAGGUUAGAAUCAAAAAUGAUCUCGGGGAUAAUGCUGCCUGGGGCUGGGAUGCAAGGGAGGAGGAUAAGAAAGUCACAGCGAUGUUGGCCAUUGAAGGUGCAAGAACAUCUCUUCUAGGUCUCUAUGCAGCGAUCUUUAUGCUCAUAGCUCUCUUGAUCAAGUUUGAGCUCACUUCGCUUUUGCGUGAGAAAGUCUCUGAGAAGAGUGGUCAGUCAAAAACUCAAGGCGGCGCAAGUGGGAUGUUCCCAACACGAACGAGGUUGAUGCAGCAACGCCGGGCCACCUCGAUCCAAAGCUUUGCAAUAGAGAAAAUGUCGGAAGAAGGAGCGGCCUGGAUGCCUGCGGUUGGUAACGUUGCCACCAUCGUGUGCUUUGCCAUAUGCUUAAUUCUCAACAUCCACAUCUCCGGCGGCUCAAGCCAAGCGAUCUUCUUCCUGGCUCCUAUCUUACUUCUCCUGAACCAAGACUCUGAUCUCUUAUCCGGGUUCGGCGACAAACAGAGAUACUUCCCCGUCACGCUAGCUAUAUCAACAUACUUGGCUUUAUCCUCUCUGUACGUUGUAUGGGAAGAAGUUUGGUUCGGUGGAAACACAGGUUGGGGAGUAGAAAUUGGAGGGCGUGAAUGGUUCUUUGCGGUGAAGAACCUCGCUCUUUUAAUACUCACAGCACCGGGUCACAUUAUAUUCAACAGAUACGUGUGGAGUUACAGCACUAAAAACUCAGACCCGUCGCCGAUGCUGACUUUGCCACUUAGCUUUGCAGCCGUGGUUAUAACGGACGUGUUUCAGGUUCGCCUUCUGGGAGUUUUAGGCAUUGUCUACUCAGUGGCUCAGUAUGUGAUAUCUAGGCAGCAACAUAUCAAAGGGCUGAGGUAUAUUUAGACAGUCAUAAGACAAUGUUUUAAGCCCUUUCUUGACCUCCUUUUGUUUCUCAGUUGAUGCAUUGGUAACUGCAAAGAUACGUUUACAGGACUUACUCUAUGGUCUUCUUACAAAUGAACAUACGAGUUUUGUGUAACAAUCGUGAAUCUUACCAAACCAAGCCCUUAAACUGCAUCUAGUUUCUGUUUUGUU